AUGGCUCCAAACCGAGUCAUCAAGACCUUGAAUAAUGUUUUAGGGAUUGACGAGAAUGACAGCUUGCUCUCUAAUGGUGGUAGAGACGAUGAGGAUUCAGACGGCAGUUUCAAUGGUGGUGCAGACUCAUAUGUAGACAGCGAAGAUGAGGAACUAAACAUGUUGGCUCUAGCGGAAGGAGAUGAAGCGCCAGACGUGUUGCCUCUAGCGGGAGGAGAUGAAGAGCUAAACAUGUUGGUUCCAGCGGAAGGAGAUGAAGUGAUGAACAUGCUGGCUCCAGCGGAAGGAGAUGAAGAGAUGAACAUGCCAGACCAAGGGGAGGAAGGAGUUGAAAAUUCAAAUAUGUUUGAUCAAGGGUCGGAUCAAGAAGAAUAUGAGGAUCAUGGGGUAGAAGAGGAUGAAAAUGGAACGGAUGAUCAGACCUUCACCGGUGAAGAAUUUUUACAAGGUCCUAUUGAAAGGAUGACAUUCAAAAGUAAAGAAUCUUUGUUUGCAUUUUACAAAGAACACGGCAGAUUGAAAGGUUUUGGCGUGGUUAAAAAAGCAUGUAACAAAAAGGGUUCUGAUAGGAUUAGGUAUGUCUCGUAUGGUUGUGAUAAAGGCAGGAAAUCAAAUAAAAAGCGACAAAGCAAAAGGGUUGACUAUAAAGCUACUGUUAAUGCUAUUUUGAUGCAUAAUGGUUCAUGGAGUGUUUCUAAGGUGAAUCGAGUGCAUAAUCACCGUUUCUAUUAUGGACUAUCACGCUUUAUGCCUUCACACAGGGAUGUGAGCAAAUCUUUGAAGAGACAUCUUGUAGCUCAUGACAUCGCAGGUUUAAGACCUUCUAAGAGCAUAAGACUUUUGGAAGUUCAAGCCGGUGGCCCUGAAAAUUUGAGAUGUACCCCAAAGGACUGCAGAAAUUACACUCUGCAGCAGAGGAGGCUGAGAACCUUGACCACGGAUAGCGAAGCAGUAAGCAGGUUUCUCGCUAAAAUGCAGAUCAAGGAUAGGGAGUUUUACUACGCGGUUGACCCGGAUAAUGCUGGCAGGCUCCGGAACGUCGUGUGGGUUUAUACACACUGUAAGUAUGGAUAUCGGGAGUUUCAUGAUGUAAUAUGUUUCGAUACAACAUACCUUGUGAAUCAAUGGCGCAUGUCAUUUGCUUCGUUUAUUGGUGUGAAUCAGCACCGCCAGUCCAUACUUUUGGGAUAUGCUUUGGUUACUAGCGAGGACAUUGAUACUUACAAGUAUGUCUUCAUGACUUGUUACAUCAUUUGA